AACCUGCAGAAGAAAAUGGCUGAGCGGCCCAAGAUGGGAGUGCGACCCACAAUGCAGACCAAGAGGGUCAGGGAGCCUUUGUUAGAAACUGGUAACCAGGCUCCUCUUCCUGGUGAAGAAGUGAAACCUGGUACAAAGCCAUCACCAUCAAAGAGGCUCUGCCCUAAUGAUGUGGAGACUCAAGCUUCCAGUUCAGAGAACAUACAGCCUGUUCCUUCAAGUUCCACAAGCCAUCGUUCUCCUGAGAUGACUUCAGAGUUGCAUGUAGCUGCUUCUAGCAGGGCUUCAUUGGUUCAGCCUCUUGAGAAAGGAAAAACAAACAGCAAGUCAGAAACUCCUGCAGCCCUUUCAGUCAAAACACGUAUGCAGAAAUUGGCAGAACAGCGACGCUGCUGGGAUAGUGAAGAUCCCUCUGAAAGUGUUCCGCUGUCUCCCCUCCAGUCAAAAGAUCUGUCUGUUUCUCCACCUAAGCAGACAUCUAAUGCCCUGGCAAGUGAUACCCCUAUUGGGAGAAGAGGCCGUUUAGCUAACCUUGCUGCUACAAUUGGUUCCUGGGAAGAUGACCUAAGUCAUCCAUCUGCAAAGCAAAACAAUGCACAAGAACAGCCUGGCACUACUUGUUUAUCCAAAUUGUCCACUACAAGUGGAGCAUCUGCUAGAAUCAAUAGUAGCAGUGUAAAGCAGGAAGCCGCAUCCUGUUCUCAAAGGCUUGUUGAGGCUUCUAUUAAUACACCAGCAAACUCAAAGAUAGCGGAUCCAAACAAUUUUUUAACACAAUCCUCAAGGGUCACUGUUCCCUGUUCUAAGGAAUCUGAAGUACGACAACCGCUAACAGAGAAUCCCUGCAGCCCUCAGAAAACUGAAAAGCGUACACAAACAGCAAAAUCAACUUUGCUUCAACCAGUUCAGUCCAAAGAAGGGCCUGUCAAAGGAACACAUGUGCAACUUGAACCUAAGGGUAAACCCACACCACCAGGGGGAUCAGGAAUUAAGCCCUUCCUGGAACGCUUUGGGGAGCGCUGUCAAGAGCAUAGUGCACGGAGUCCUGCUACGAAUACUUCAGGGUGCAGAACACCCAUUGUUACCCCAAGUACAAGGACAAUCCAGGAAAGACUUCUCAAACAAAAUGAAAAUUCCUCUACUGCCAGUUUAGCGCUUCAGCUUAAGCAGGAACGUGAACGAGAACUUGCAUGCCUUCGUGGCCGGUUUGAUAGGGGCAAUCUGUGGAGUGCAGAGAAAAGUGAAAGUUCGAAGAGAAAACUUCCAGAAGCUAAAAUGGAAAGCCAAUCUCAGGCCAGUCCAAAACAUCCGCCUAGUUCAGAUGCCAGUGCUUUUGGAUCAGCAGAAGACACACCAGCAGGUGACAGGCCAGCGAAGUCUCCCAGCAUGGAGUCUUCAGAUGCUCCUAAAUGUGAAGAGACUGAUAAACCCAGUCCUCUGAAGAUCACUGAGCCAAAGAGCCCUGAAAAAGCAAUGUCUGUCUCAAAACUUGAACAACUUGCUGAGAAACCGAAAGAUGAAGUGUACGAAAUCGAAAUGAGUGUGGAUGAUGAGAUGAAUAGCUCAAAAGUAAUAAAUGAAAUUUUUGAAGUUCUUGAAGAGGAUAGUCCAGACAUAGAAAAGCUGAAGAAAGAAAUGAGCGUGAACCUGGAAGGUGAAAGUGAUGAGGAUGAGCAGGAAGAGUCACUGAAUAUUUCAUCAAUGUCUCUGUUAACCCCUCUAGUGGAAUCUGUUGGUCCAGAGGCCUUUGUUUCUCCUUGUAAGUCAACUGGUGAAGGUAGCAGUAUCAGUGAUGUAAGUCUGAAGUCUGAAAAGUUCCAAAGGACUAAAGUUCCCAGGGCAGAAUCUGGAGACAGUAUUGGCUCUAUGUCAGAAGAUCGCAACCUUCCAUAUAGCAUUGAUGCAUAUAGAUCUCAAAGAUUUAAAGAAACCGAUCGUCCUUCAAUAAAGCAAAUUAUUGUUCGCAAAGAAGACGUUACUUCCAAACUAGACAUGAAAAAGAAUGGCCCAUCUGAUCAAGUCAAUAUCAAAAAGAAAAUGCAGGAGCUGAAUAAUGAGAUCAACAUGCAGCAGACAGUGAUUCAUCAAGCUAGUCAAGCUCUGAACUGCUGUUUUGAUGAGGAACAUGGAAAAGGGUCACAACAGGAAGCAGAAGCAGAGAGACUUCUUCUCCUUGCAACUGAGAAGAGAACUGCUUUAUUGGAAGAACUGAAUAAACUGAAGAGUGAGGGACCUCAUAGUAGAAGAAAUAAAGCUGCUUCUACAUCCACUGAAUUUGCUCCAUCCAGGGGAUCUGUUUCCAUUUCAGAAAUGCGUCUACCUCUAAAAGCAGACUUUGUAUGUGGCACAGUUCAAAAGCCAGAAGCAGCAAAUUACUACUAUGUAAUAAUACUGAGAUCUGGAGCGGAAAACAUGGUUGCAACUCCAUUAGCAAGUACUGCCAGCUCCCUGAAUGGAGAUGCUCUUACUUUUACUACGACAUUUACUAUGCACGAUGUGUCAAAUGACUUUGAAAUAAAUAUAGAAGUUUACAGUUUGGUACAGAGAAAAGAAGUUACAAGCACUGAUAAAAGGAAAAAGGCAAAUAAAUCGAAGGUUAUUACUCCAAAGAGAUUAUUAACAUCUAUUACCUCUAAAAGCACCCUUCUUACUCCAGCCAUGGCCAGUCCAGGUGGCCCUAAUGCUGUACGCGCUACUAAUUUCAUCCUUGUUGGAUCCCACAAGCUAUCACUAUCUUCUGUAGGAAAUGCCAAAUUUGCAUUGGACAAGAUAAAUUUUGAAGGGGAGGAAAAAGAACUGUUGGGCUAUAUGUUCCAGGACAAGGUUCCCUUUUUGUCUCCUUUGGAAGGUCAUAUAUAUCUGAAGUUAAAAUGCCAAGUGGACUCUUCUGUGGAGGAAAAAGGGUUCUUGACUAUGUUCGAAGAUGUUAGUGGAUUCGGAGCAUGGCAUAGGCGCUGGUGUGUGCUGUCUGGAAAUUGUAUAUCUUACUGGACAUACCCAGAUGAUGAAAAACGAAAGCAUCCUUUGGGACGGAUAAACUUGGCUAACUGCACUAAUCAUCAGAUUGAACCUGCCAACAGGGAGUUCUGUGCCCGUCCCAACACUUUUGAACUAAUAACUGUCCGUCCUCAGAGGGAAGAUGACAGAGAGACUCUUGUCAGCCAAUGCAGAGACACGCUCUGUGUUACAAAGAACUGGCUGUCUGCCGAUACUAAAGAGGAGCGUAACCUUUGGAUGCAAAAGCUCAACCAAGUCCUUGUUGACCUUCGCAUGUGGCAGCCUGAUGCCUGCUACAAGCCUAUUGGAAAGCUUUAA